GUCCCGCCCCGUCGCUCCCCAGAGGAGAGGGCCGUCGCGAGCCGAGCUGGCGACGCUGGUCUGUGCCGGGCCCGAGUGUGUGAGUGGCCGCGGGCGGGCGCGGGCCGCCGAGCCAGGAGUGCCGCGGGAGCAGGCGGCGAGCUGCAGCGCUGCAGCACUCGUCGCGGAUGUGACGAUCCAGGACUGAGGCGCGUGCCCGACUGACCGCUGGCGGUCGGCGGCGCCAUGACCUGACCCGGCUCGACCCGGCACCCCAUGAUGCCCCUGCACCAGAUCAGUGUCACUCCAGUCGACAGGGCCAAGCGACUCGAGGACAAAGGGAUGCGGCAUGAGACAAAGGAGACAUUUCACGUGACGUCACCGACGCCGCCGUCAGCAGCCGAGAGAUGCAGCUCGCGGGCCUCAACCCUCUCCUACAGCCGGGACUUCUGCAGGAUUUGUCACUGUGAGGGGGACAGCGAGGUGCCUCUGAUCUCGCCCUGCUACUGUGCCGGAUCUUUGAGGUACGUUCACCAGGCAUGUCUGCAGCAGUGGAUCAAGUCCUCGGACAUCAAGUGCUGCGAGCUGUGCAAGUUCACCUUUAUCAUGCAGACAAAGACCAAGCCGUUCAGCAUGUGGGAGCGGCUGGACAUGGGCUCUUCGGAGCGGCGGAAGCUGCUCUGCUCGGUCACGUUCCAUGUGGUGGCGCUCACCUGCGUCGUCUGGUCGCUGUAUGUGCUCAUCGAACGCACCACAGAGGAGGUGCUCUCGGGAGUGCUGGGCUGGCCUUUCUGGACCAAGCUGAUCGUGGUGGCCAUAGGCGUGACUGGCGGCAUCGUCUUCAUGUACGUGCAGUGCAAGGUGUACGCGCAACUGUGCCGACGCUGGCGCGCCUACAACCGUGUCAUCUUCGUCCAGAACGUGCCGGAGAAGGCGCCGCCGCCAGACCUCGAGGCGGCGCGGCCGGCGCCGUCGGCCCCGGCGCCGUCGGCGGCGUCCGCGGCGCCGCUGCCUCCGAUAGGAGGUGCAGCAGCGGCAGCGGUGGCGGCCGGGACAGGGCAGGCGCGCCGCGUCAGUGAUGAAGCCGGCCGGGUACACGUGACAAUCGAGCGAAGCGUGUCGGGGGCGCUGGUGCUGCCGCCAAUCGCGUCGGUCGCCCCGCCGACACCGCCGACGCCGCCGGAUGCCGCUCGUGUGACGUCACCAGAGGGGGGCCACGUGACGCCGCCUGUGCAGUCUGUGGCCGACAGUGUGGACGCGUUGUCGGCGCCUGUAGACGACGGCGUGCGAUGAGACCGACUCGUCAUUCAGCGGCCGUCUGUGAUGUGCUAGUGCGUAAAACCGCCACGGGUGGCGCUGCGAUCGGCUCGCCAUCCAGCGGACGUCGGGCAUGCUGGUGGGCGCCGCAGCGUCACGUCUCAGCGCAGGACUCGCGCGAGCGGCAAGAGCUGGAUGAACCGCUUUAAAAGGUCGCUGAUCGUCCACCGGCCUGUACAGCGCGAAGGUAUCUGAAGGAUGUAGCUGAAGGUAUGUGUGCGUGAGCACGAAGCACAUUUUCACCGCGUCGGUGCGCAUAAUUAUUCCAGACAAUCGUACCUACCCAAGCGCUUUAGUGAGUCGAUCAUCAUUGCUUAAUGCUCAGGGACCAUAUUAAUUCGAACAGUUGUGAGUUACUUGCAAGACGAAAUCGACGAAGUUCACUGGUGUUAUCGAUAACCUCUUCCAUCCUCCCAUAAUCCUGGUCCUUUCUUUCUGGUGAAAGGUCUCUGUUACCGGGCUCCCCGUGCUGUUGGGGAUAUUACUUUACAUAGCUCGCAGCUCAGUUCAGGAAUGGGAGCUGCGUGCAGUCCAGUCGCCGUCUUAAAGGCAAGUCACUAUCUGUUGGGGAGAGCACGGGGCUGGUGUUAACACGUUUUGCAGGCAGCCAGGUGGCCACAAUGAACGUCUCGCAUUGACGCUUUGCCGUCCUGGACGGCGUUACCUGCAUCGGGCCUCGCGCGCUUCAGAUGAUGCAUUUGAUUGCUGAACGAUUUGUUGAAUCACUGGCGAUGCCGACUGUCGCUCCUUUGACUGGCCGCCUUAAAUGUACUGUUUUCGUCUCGUUGUGUGCAAAGUCACGUAAGUAUAGUUUUAUGGAAUAGCUGUUUACGCCGCAUUUGGCUGCUCUGCCGCUAACGCGGUCGAAGGCUGCCAGUGCUGUCGUGACUGGGCCUAGCCGUGGUUUCCCCCUUUGGAAUGGUCUUCCACAAUGCAUUCCUGCCCACUGGCUAAUCAAAUCAGCGCACCUGUAACACGCCAUGGCCUUAUAUAACACGUGCGUCGCUCACUUAUCGGGUUACUCUGCUGUUGGGUAAGAGCCCCGGUGUGACCGUGUGUUAACAGUGCCGUUUGAUGGGCGCCCUGACGCCGUCUCCAGUGUCCCCGUCCAGCAUCUCCUCGGUUCGGCGAAGAAUUUCUUUUUACAGGCAUCGAUCCCCGAAAAUGUGUGCAUACUUGAGAAGCCGCUGGCCCGUCAAUGCAAACUGCUGUCCCUCCUUGUUCCUAGAGAAAGAUUGUGAGGUAGCCGGCCGCGCUGAGUCUGACCUCCUUGUCCAUUCGUUCUCCUGUGACCCGAGCCCGUAUACUGCAGAGGUUAGUUUGACAUAUGCCCGGGUACCACGGUUUUAGCUGGACAUCCGCCCGGGUACCACGGGGUUAGCUGGACAUCCGCCCGGGUACCACGGGGUUAGUUGGACAUCCGCCCGGGUGCCACGGGUUUAGCUGGACAUCCGCCCGGGUACCACGGGUUUAGCUGGACAUCCGCCCGGGUACCACGGGUUUAGCUGGACAUCCGCCCGGGUACCACGGGUUUAGCUGGACAUCCGCCCGGGUAACACGGGUUUAGCUGGACAUCCGCCCGGGUGCCACGGGUUUAGCUGGACAUCCGCCCGGGUACCACGGGUUUAGCUGGACAUCCGCCCGGGUAACACGGGUUUAGCCAGACAUCUGCCCGGAUACCGAGGGGCAGUCGUAACGCUCACAGCCUGGCUGGAGAGCUUUCAAAGCGCGCUCUGUGAUCUUCAUGUGCGGUUAGUUCACUGCUCACUGAAAACCGCGUAUGCUUAAGCUAGUGAAGAGGAGCAGAGUCCAGCGGACAUGCGCGCAUAGCAGCGUCGGUCCAAACUCAUCGUUUUCUCGUUAAUGGCUUAAUUGUUUCAGCAUAGCAAUAUAGGAUCAAACAUUUUGUUAUCUUUAUUCCCUGAACGUGUGCAAGGUUAGAAAAUGAAAGAAAGGGUGAUGAUUAGUCACAUUUAACACCUGAUAAGAAUUCGUUGGAACUCUUAUCAGCAGGGGAAAAGAAGGCGUUAACCAACACAGAGAAAGCGAACAAGAGACAGAGACGGAGGGAGGUGGUGGACCGAAACAAAAUAAUAUCUGACUAUUUCGUGCAAUAUGUUGGUGCGCCAGAAUGCGAAAGCAGGCUUUCAGCUUCCACCCUAAACACCUCCAACAGUGCUUACCAGCCGCAUUUUCCAGCCAACAUUUCCAGCUACUUCACGAGUUUUUCAGCCGCCUUCCCCGACUGAGCUUGGUUUGUCGUGGACCGGACGGAGUCCUGAGCCUCACUCCCAGGGCGCGGGAGGGUCUGCUGCACCGCGCGAGGCGACCAGCGCGUUGGCUCAAUGUUUGGUGCGUUUUGGUCAAACAGCGAAACGUUUUAGUCAAACCGUCAAGCGUUUCUGGUCAAACGGUCGGUCCCCCCCCCCUUCCUUCCCCCUGGCCGCCGCGCCGGCCUCCGGUAUGCGGAGUCCACGUGCGGAGUCCCUGUUGACUCCCUCACACUCUCCUGUGGAGAACUCUGCUGACACGGGGAUGUCCUACGACAGAAGGCCCGUGCCCUCGCGCUGAGCAAAAUCGCAACGGGAUGGUGCGAGUCGUGUGGCAACUGGAUUCUUGUAAAGCAUCACUCAGCAGGCCGACACGAACGCUUGAGAUGCUCACUCGCAUGUUUUGAAAUACGUGAGCGUUUUCACGCGGGGCCGCCGCGCAUAUUAGUCGGUCGUAGGGAGGAUCACAGUGAUGUCCCCAUUGCCGGGUCACUCAUCGUCACUCAUUCCAGAGUUUCUAGUCACUGUACUUCGGAAUGGUUGCAUUAGUCUGAAAACCCCCCGGCCGCACGUACUUACCAGAUACUAUAUAUGAUAUAUGAAUUAUUAGCAAAUAGAGGUACUUGACGCUCGUAUAAAGACGCCUAUUACCACAGGUGCUUAGGAUCUUUCCUGUGCGGUGUUGACUAAGCUAGUGCUUUCCUAAUAUUGGAAAUUGUUCAUACCAUCCACGUCGUCGUUGAUUGGUCUGUGGUCUCUGGGUGAUGUCGACAUACCAACAGCACCUUUGAAAGCGUGUCUCCAGGUUCUUGCUUCAGUUUUAGAACUCAUGGCAGCAAUCUCCCCAACAGUCAGUAACACGGUACGGAUCGCCGGCGCGCUUAACUUAACUUGCUUAACUCGCGCCGCUCCGCAGUAUUCACCUGCACAAGCCCGCGUGACGCUCUCGGUAGCCCGCACGGCGUCACGUUACUGAUACCGCAUGCCUGCAUCGGAGGCUGGAGGCGCGUGCGGCGUUCGGCGGCGCGUGCCGAUGUCUGCGGCGUCACUCUCAGGGCGUGAGCGACGCUGAGCGUUCUCCCCGCCCAUCAGCCGUCGCAGGUCUGAAUCGCCGUUUGUUGUUGCUACGCACUGUACCGGAGCGUGUUCGCUUUGUAUGCGAACGUCAUGAGCUUUGUGGAGGCUGAUACGUGGCGUGGACGCCGUGCCCCUCGCUGCGGUGUGUGUGGAAUGAUAGUGAACAUGUUGGUGUAAGCGUUGUGCCCCUCGCUGCGGUGUGUGUGGAAUGAUAGUGAACAUGUUGGUGUAAGCGUUGUGCCCCUCGCUGCGGUGCGCGUGGAAUGGUGAUGGAAUGAUGUUGUAAGCGUUGUGUCCCUCGCUGCGGCGUGCGUGGAGUGUUGGCGGAGUGAUUGUGGAAGCGUUGGGCCCUCGCUGCGGUGUGCGUGGAAUAACAGUGGACGUGUGUCGUGUGGACGCCGUGUCGCCUGCUGCGGAGUGCGUGGAGUGCUGCGGACGCGGCCCCAGCCGAGUGAGGCUCUGAAGUCGCCAGAACUCAUACUGUGAUGCCCCGGUCAGUGGCGCCGAGCGUGCACCGUGUAAUAUUGUAUAGAUCUUAUUACGUCAUA